CCACGACGAGUGUGUGCCGUGUCAAACGCAAUCAAACGUGAUCGCUUUGCUCUAAUACUGACCACUAAUCUCGACUUACGGUGUUAACAAGAUGUUUUUCACGAAAGUGUAGCGAAAUGUAAUAUAGCACUGUCAUAAGAAUAAUAAUUUAAAACAUCAUUGCGUUAGCGAAUGAUUUUUCUUGAUAAUCUAGGUUAGGACGACGAACCUUGCUUCGAUUGGGCAUAGUCGCAGAUUGGGGACCUGUAUAAAGUCUAUUGAUGAGUCACCAAGAUGCAGAAGGAAGAAAUUCUUCAAGCCAGAUGAUUUCAAUUGAGAAGGAUGAGAUAGCUCCGGAAUCGGCAGUUUCUUCAUCCGAAUCGCAAGAUCGGAUUAAUUUUGAAAAUGAGAUAUUGGAUUAUGUUGCAAACUCUAAAGCUCCCUUCAAAAGCCAACAUAAAGAUGAGCCCGACCUGACAUACGAGGAAAAACGAACCAUAGCUUCUAAUCUUCUUCAUAAAAGCCAUUGCCUCUUUUUGUCCAAAUUUGGAACUUUUCUUAAAACGGAUCACUUAAAUUAUUUUAAAGAUACAGCUGAGAAUGACUAUGAGGUUGCUUAUCAUGUGAAUAGAUUACAAAGGUAUUACAAUAGUUCCACAAGACAAAUCGAUGUAAAGAACAGAAGGUACCAAGCCUUGAAAACGCUUAUUGAAAAAGGGGAAUAUUUCAGUGAAGUUGAAAUGAUGAAACGAAAUCCAUUGUUAUAUGAUCAUUUAAUAGGACAAUAUCUGACCGAAGAACAAAGGAAAGCAAGAGAUAAUAUAGACACAAAAAAUAUUACUUUUGUAAAUUUACUUUUGGAAAGUAUCGAUAAAGAGAAUGUACGAAAUUUAAAGAAAGCUCAACAAGAGAAGGAGAACGACGUAACAGAGGAAACUGAUACCGACGAAGAGACAGACGAGGAAUUUGAGCAGCAGGAGUCUAUGCCCUGUAACGAAAAGACUAAUUGUAUGUGGGGUGAAGAGAUAAAUUCUGCUUUGGAAAAUGAAGAAAAAGAAAAAUUAAUACAAACACUUUCAUUAAUCAACAUUCCAAAUAAGGAAAAACAGAUGCUUAAGAACGAAUUUGUUACCCUUAUGUACCAAAACUUUCUGGAUGGGAAAGACUCUGAUUUCGAUUACAGUACUGUCGAUGACAACGAAGCAUACGAUAACAUAGACUUGCGAACACAAGACGAAGAAGAAAAGUAUUUCGACUCUGAAUCUCCAGAAACUGUGCCACUCAAAGAAAAAGAGGAUCUUAACGAAUCGGAGGAUGAAUUGGAUUUAUAUAUGAAAUCGCUAAAGGUUAAAUAACAUGCAUUUUCAUUGCGACUAGCGUUGCAAUGUCGAACACGUGACUGACAUUGUCAUUGUUUAUUCAAUAGGAACAUUCGACACCGAACACAUGCUAAGGAAAUUGAGUCGAUAAUACUCGUAAAAUGAAAACAAUCUGUUUCAUAUUUUAUAAAUAAAG